GUUGGGCUAGAGCCCUUGUGCCUUCUCUCAAUUCCUCUUCUCCCUCCCAGGGCCCAACUGCUGUCACUCCAUGCUCUGCCAAGGAGGAGGGAUCCGCAGCGAAAGCAGUAGUAAAGCCAGGCAGAGCUGAGGGACACAAAAAGAUACAGGGAGGGGAGUGCCCGGGCUAGGUGCCAGACUCAGAGGACAGAUCAGGGCAAGAGUACCGAAGCCUUGAAGCAGAGGAGGGAGAGCAAAGAGGACAGAAGACAGCGAAAUCUGUGGGUCCCAGGGGCACAUAGCAAGGAUGGGGACAAAAUGGCACAGCGCCAAGCUGUCCUUGGCCCUGGUGUUUCUGACCCUGGAGGCUGGGUGGGCUCAAGAAGGGUCAGAGCCUGUCCUGCUGGAGGGGGAGUGCCUGGUGGUCUGUGAGCCAGGUCGACCUACUGCAGGAGGACCUGGGGGAGCAGCCCUGGGAGAGGCACCCCCAGGACGAGUGGCGUUUGCUGCAGUCCGAAGCCACCACCACGAACCAGCAGGAGAAACCGGCAACAGUACCAGUGGUGCGAUCUACUUCGACCAGGUGCUAGUGAAUGAGGGCGGUGGCUUUGAUCGGCCCUCGGGCUGCUUCGUGGCCCCUGUCCGUGGGGUCUACAGCUUCCGAUUCCAUGUGGUGAAGGUGUACAACCGCCAGACUGUUCAGGUGAGUCUGAUGCUGAACACAUGGCCGGUCAUCUCAGCCUUUGCAAAUGACCCUGAUGUGACCCGAGAGGCAGCCACAAGCUCUGUGCUGCUUCCCCUGGACCCUGGGGACCGGGUGUCCCUGCGCCUUCGUCGGGGGAAUCUUCUGGGUGGCUGGAAGUAUUCAAGCUUCUCGGGCUUCCUCAUCUUCCCACUCUGACGACCUAAGCCUUUAAAUGACAGAUAUCUAGCACCUAACCCUUCUGCCUUCCCCUGCCCCAGAAACAAGUAUUUUCAGGGCAAGAGAAAGGCCCCCUCCAGGCUGCCUACAGCCCACCUUCUUGCAUGAGAUCAUAUUUAAACACCCAAUGCUAAGAGUAGAGAAGAGCAGAGCUUUCUCUAGAUGAACACUCCUCACCGCUACCACUCCGGUCGCCCUCGGGCCUCCUGCUGCCUCUCCUGCCUGCAGCUUAAAGCAGGAUUUGCCAAGGGGAAUUGUGCACUUCGACCCAGACUCCACUCCUCCUGUUCUCCACCCCAGCCUCCUGCUCAGUGCUGCUUGGUGACAGGUGGUGCAGGUAAGCUUGACAGGCUCCCGCAGGGGCCCAGAUGGACCAGCCUCCUCGUACCUGCAGGCUCCAUCCUGUGAGGAAUGCCAGCAAAGAGAGCUCUCAGCCAGCACUGUCUGAACAGGGCUGACACCUCAACCACAAAAAGCAGUGUGGAGAGGGCCACAGAGCAUCCGUAGCUGGAGGGACAGGAUGAGGCCAUGUGCCUACCCUGAACAUGUAAACAUUCUGCAGGUAAACAGUCGGAAGGCAGGAAUCCUACAGUCCAGCUGUGCCAGGUCCCAAUGGACUCUGGCCUUCAUCUCCUGACCUGAGGCGUGUGUGUGUGUGUGUGUGUGUGUGUGUGUGUGUUUGCUCUGGCUAACAGGGGAAACUAGAGCACGUGUACAGACCUGGAGGCAGGGUCAAAGGUCACACAUGAGUCAUGAAACCUAUCAGUAACCACAUGUUCUCGUCCUCAGCCACCUCCUAGAACUGCCCCACCUUGGAAAUCUGAAUUUCAGUCACUUCCCACUCUUGACUGGCACGUAGUUCCUCCAUCUGUCUCCCAGCUAAUUUCCCUAUACCCGUAGCCUGUCCCUACCAUCGAUUUGCCUCUAGAUCUACACCAUCU